AUGCGGAUUGAAAAGUGUUAUUUCUGUUCGUCCCCGUGCUACCCGGGCCACGGCAUGGUGUUUGUCCGCAACGACUCGAAGCAAUUUCGAUUUUGCCGUUCGAAAUGUCAUCGGAAUUUCAACAAGAAGCGCAAUCCCCGCAAGGUGGCUUGGACCAAGGCGUACCGCAAGACGCGUGGGAAGGAAAUGGCGGUGGACAAGACGUUUGAAUUUGAAAAGCGUCGCAACCGACCCGUCAAGUACGAUCGCCAUUUGAUGGGCAAGACCAUUGUGGCUAUGGCACGCGUCGACGAAAUUCGCGGUGCCCGAGAAGAACGAUUCUUUGCCAAUCGCAUGAAGGAUGCCAAGGCUGAAAAGAAGAAACAAGCUCGUGUGGAAAUUGAGCAAUCCAUUGAAUUGUUGGCACCGGCUGUGGCCAAGAGAGAAGAAGUCAUGCGCAAUGUCGUCGAUCGAGCGAGGGCUCGUAUUGCCUCGAGGAAAAAGGCACGUGGAGAAAAAGUGGAAACAAGCAAUGCGAGGAGUGUGACAGCAACAGCCAUGGAGGAAGGUUGA